CUGAAAAGGGUGAGUUAAUUCUACCAAAACAAAAAAAAUCGUAAUUUCUUACUCGCUCCUGAAAAAAUUUCAAAAGAUCAUAAAACUUUUGAAAUUCCUAAAAUGAAAUAUUUUUUUGCAGAAAAUGAGCUCAACAACAACAACUUCGACAGAGUCAUGUGAACCGAAAUGUCUUGAGACGGAGGAACAAAAAAGAAAGGAAUAUCUGCGAUUUGAUUCGCAAGAUCCAAGUUCAAUACCGGCUGGAAGUUUUGUCAUGUACUUGGUGGAUGAAAGCCUCGAAUUCCCGAAGAACUUGACGCCAGAAGUCAAUGCUGAACUUGUCAAGAAUCUUACAUUGGGAUUAAUGGAAAUGGCAAAACUCUUUGAAGCACCGGUGAGUUGAUUUUAAAACCUGAAAUGAACAGGAUUCAAAAUUGAAUUACAUUUUGCUGGGAAAUUUUUCAAGUUCCCCAUUUUUUCCAAAAAAAAAAUGAUUUGUUUUUGAAAAUUUUUUUUUUCAGGCUAUCCAAAUUGGCAAAACCAAAAUAAUUUGCAAUUUGUUAAUGACAUAUGAUUAUCAUGGAUAUUCGUUGUUGAGUGGAUACACAAAAAAUCUUUUCACCAUGAGCGAACAAAUUUCAAAACGGCUUCCGUCAUUCAAGUCAGAAGAUAUCGCUAGGCUCCUACAAAAUUACACACCGGUCUUGAUUGUUGUCAAUUCGGAACCGAGUGCAACGAGAUAUCGUCGAGCCAUUCAUAUCAUGUCGAUUGGAGCAUCGUCUUCAUUUUUCGAGGUUGAUUCGGGGAGAGUAUGUUUGUUUUUCUUAAUUCCGAAAAAUCUGAAAAACAAACUAUUUUCAGAUCACAAUAUUGGAAAAUGUUGACAACACGAUGGUGACAAGAAUGCCGCAAGAUUUGUUGAAUGUUCCGCCGGCGAUUUUGGAAUACCGCAUGGAGAAUCAACUAUAUUAUAAAUUUUUGGUGAGUUUGAACAUUUUUAUGAGCUCUGAGCUCUAUAAAAUUCAAAAAAUGUUGGCUCAUUUUGAGUUUCAAGCUCAUGUAUUUUAAUUUAAGAUUACAUAAAAUAUGUAUCCGAAAACUCCUCAACUCCUUUGAAAAAUAAUUUUCAGAGACAUCCAUAUUGCAAGACACAAUUCAAUCGGAUGGGCUUGCUGAAAUCGCUUGAUAUUGUUUCAUUUGACACCAUUAAUCGCGGCGAGGGAAUGGGCACAAAAGGACGAGCGGUGGUGAGUUUUUUUUUGACUUGGGAUAACUUGAAUAUUUCCAACAUGCACAUAUUUUUAUAGGGCUGAUUCACAAGCGAAAAAAAUUUUUUUCAACAUUUAAAGAUCAAUCGAAAAAACAUUGUUGUUCAAAAUUAGUUUUCCAAGUUUUUCAGCCAAAAAUGAUGACAAAUCGAUAUUUUUCAAGCUUCUGGAGUAAUUUCCGAUUAAAAUAAGCUUUGAGAACCCUAUUUUGCUUUAUUUUAUGAAUUUUUUUAACGAAAAAUCAGCAAAACCUUCUGGAAAGUGAAUUCCAAGGUCAAUUUUCAUCAGAAAUUACUCCAGAACCUUGAAAAAUAUCGAAUUGUCAUCAUUUUUAGCUGAAAAACUCGAAUUUUGAUCUACAAUGUUUUGACUUUUCGUGAAUUGAAUUAUCAAUUUAAAAAAACAUUUUUUUGUUCGUGAAUCAGACCUUAUAAAAAUUCAGUUUCAACAUUCUAAAUUUCGAACUCCAUUCAAAAAUCAAUAAUUGUUUUCAGGUGUCAGAAGUCAAAGAAUCGAUUGCCGGAGAAACUGAUUUUUACUUGUCACUCUGA